UUUUGAAAGGAAAAAUCGUUUUUACUAGUUUAGAAACAAUCGGAAGUGGUUUGAGCUAAGCAAGUAACACAAAGGAAGCUGCCUGCAACGGAACAAAUAUGAGCAACAAAACUGAAGACCUUCCAGAAUUUGUUCCUUCUAGUAAGAAUAUUGCCAUUAUUAUUACACUCACCGCUUUAGUACUCGUGACUAUAAUAGGAAACUUUUUUGUUUUGUUAGCUUUCAUUAUAGAGUCAAAGUUACGAAAGGAAGCUUUCAACUAUUUUAUAUUCAAUCUCGCAAUAACGGACUUUUUAGUAGCCAUAACAGCCAUGACGUUUUACAUGAUAGAUACAGUCUUAGGAUACUGGCCUUUUGGACCAGCCAUGUGUGCCUUUUGGAUAUAUGCCGACUAUGCUAUGACUUUUGCUUCGGUUUUCACCUUGACGGCAAUUUCUAUUGACAGAUUCUGGUCGGUCACAUGGCCCAUCCAUUACCGCAAUAAUUCAUCAAUUAAGAAGACGAUCAUUAUGAUUGCCAUUGUAUGGGUUAUUGUGGUUACGAUAUGGACUCCACCAUUUAUUGGAGAUCGACUGAAGCAUAACGAAGAAUAUUCAUGUAUUUGGGAACCAAACGAAAACAGGGAGUUUAUAAUUGUAGUAGAUGUGAUAGGGCAUUAUUUACCAUGCGCCCUUAUGAUGAUUUCUUACGUCAAAGUUUUGACUGUAAUGAGAAAAAGAGGGAAAAUUAAACCUAAGAUCCAUGCGAAUGCCAGGUCUACUAUUAAUGAACAACAAUCGAAUAUCACAGUCACUAGUAUUUAUAGUAAAAUACAAGACCUCCCAAUAAACAAGAGUACACAAAAUCCUUACUCAAACGAUACCACAAAGCCACCUGAUAAAAACGUUACAAAUAACCAGAUUGAAUUUAUAAGCAGUCCACAAGAUUCUCGACCUGUUGCUCCAGAUCAACUGACGUCAACGUCAUCAUCUCAAACUACGCAGAGAACGCAAGGUGGAAAUCGAUGCACCAAUGAAACAACCAAUGAUGUAAAUUAUAACAAAUCAGAGAGAAAGAUUUUCAUCACCUUGUCAUAUGUCGUUUUAAGUUAUCUUAUAUUUUGGUUUCCGUUUUAUGUCACGUGGGAUAUAUAUGCGUUCCAUCCAGAUCUGGUUCCACCGUUGUUAUAUACGGUGAUGUUUUGGAUGACAUACUUAAACUCAACCCUUAACCCUAUCAUCUAUGCUUAUACCAAUAAAGAUUUUCGACGUACCUUUGGGAAAAUAAUGAGGUGCAAGUGUUGAACUAUGACUUAGAUGAUGUUAUUUUCAACAAAUUAACUCAAAACAACCU